AAACUAGAUGCAUUUCACAUUCUGCAAUUGUAAUCGGUAGCAAAUAACAAAUGACUCAAUAAAAAUCUGCAUAAAUCUGGAGAAGCAGAAAUAAUUUGGUGACAAGUUAUUUUGCCCUACAUAUUUUAUAGUGACGAAAUUUAUGCUGCCGGUGAGAAUUGGAAAUUGGAAAAAUAUUGGGCGCAAUAAUAAUGGGGUAGAAAUGUCGUGUCUGGAAUUUUAAAUUGAAACAAUGGUUAUCAGGCAUUUAAGACAUGUAAUUGCUUCCUAGAUUUUGCAUAUAUUAUAGAUUAACAGAAACAUAUUAAGCAGGAUAAUUUCAAUUGAGAGAACGCAGUCAGCAGUUAUCUCUAAUCCUAAACGGUAACCCUUACCCCAACUCACAAUUUUCGAAUGUCUCAAAAUUGUCAUAAUGUGUGCUACAGCCCCAAACGAGACUAGGAAUGUUAAAUCGUCGGAACAUAUUUUGGACAAAGUUAAAUCAAUCAAUCAAGGCCACCAAGGAUGGGGCACGCGACACACAUUUGUAGUUUUAGGAUUUUUAGGAUUUGUCCUCUGCUAUGCAUUGAGAUUUAAUCUGUCCAUUGCUAUCGUAAAGAUGGUACAUCCCAGAUCCGAGGCAGAUUCAUCCUCAUCUGCAAAGUUUAACAAAACUAAUACUGUCCCACAAAGCUCAGGAAGCCAACAGAUAUGCCCAAGGAAGCUAGAUAAUUUCGCACUUUCGAAUUUUACUGGCAAUAUGCAUAAUUCAUUAACGAAUCAGAGCUUCCCACAUGUUUAUAAUUCCAUGAGUGAGCGUCAAUUCGAUUGGACGGAAGAGCAACAGGGCACCCUGUUGGGGGGAUUCUUUUGGGGUUAUGUCCUUACACAGUACCCCGGGGGAAAACUUUCUCACGUUUAUGGACCCAAGUGGGUCUUUUCGUGUGGAAUAUUAAUCACGGGGGUGUUGUCGUUAAUUAUCCCAGUUGUAACUGUCACAUUCGACGUUGUAGGACUUGUAAUCGUUCGUUUCCUGCAAGGAUUGGCAGAGGGGGUAACACUUCCAAGUAUUCUCGUGAUGUUAUCACACUGGUCCCCCGUGGAAGAGAGGGGCCGGAUGACCAAUUGGUUAUUAGCUGGGAUUCCCAUUGGAACAGCCGUAAUUAUGAUUGCUGGCGGAUACUUGAUCAACUUAUUCGGGUGGCCUUCAGUAUUUUAUUGCACUGGAAUUGCUACGUUAAUUUGGUUUGUAUUUUGGGGUCUGAUGGUUUUUGAUACCCCAUCAAAACACCCAAGAAUUACGAAUGAGGAAUUGAAAUACAUCCAAUCAAAUCUAACAGGAUUAACUACCCAGGAAAAUAUUCCGACUCCGUGGAAAAGUAUUUUAUCGUCGUUGCCAGUUUGGGCAAUUUUUAUAGCAGAUUUUGGUGACUCGUGGUCGCAUUACUUACUGCAUGUUGAAAUUCCAAUUUAUCUCAGUUCAGUUCAUGGGUUUGAUAUUGAAACGAAUGGAUGGUUUUCUGCCCUACCUCAAUUGAUGAAUUGUACACUUGGAAUUUGUGUGGCAUUUCUUACGGACUUUAUUAUUAGCAGGAAAUAUUUAACCGUGAUAACCACUCGUAGAGUGUGUAGCACAAUGGCGUUGUGGGGAGCUUCUGCUGGUUUCAUUGGUAUGAUUUGUGGAGGCUGUAAUACGAUUGUGGCAGUAGUGUCGCUUAAUUUUGCAGCUGCUAUUUCUGGAACAUCGAAUAGUGGUUGGGUUGUCAACCACAUAGAAAUCGUACCAAAUCAUGCAGGUACAAUAUCAGGGGUGGCAAACUCCGUCGGAAACAUCUUGGGUUUUGUGGCUCCUUAUGUCACUGGACUCAUUUUGCAAAACAACUCUACAUUGCUGGGAUGGCAAAUGGCGUUGGCAAUUCCUGCAAUCUUAAGUUUCUCCGUGAGUCUCUUCUACUUGGCAUUUUCCUCCUCAGAAGAGCAACCGUGGAAUAAGCCGAAAGAGGAAGCUUCUUUAGAAUCUUCAAAUAUGGCUUAGAAUAAUUACACAUAAUAUUAAUUAUGCAUUUUGUGUGUCUAGUUAAAAAAUUCCUACUUGCAUUUUGUACUGCAAUUAAUACAUUUUGUCAAUAAAUGUGCAAAUUUGGUUAGCAAUUAGUUGGUUUAUUAUAUCCCCACAGCUCAUUCGAUAAUCUUAAUCUUUUCCAGAAAU